CUCUAGUGGCAAAGAACAAAGAUUUUAGAGAUGUGGAGCGUCUUUGCGCUUGCAACAGCCAUGAAGCUAUUUUCCCUUCUCUUGAUCGCCAGUCUAACGGCCCUGGCACUUGGCCACGGCUAUAUAAGAAAUCCCGCAGCGAGAAAUGCGUGUAAGCAAUAUGGUUUUGAGGAAUGCAUCAUUGAGUGGACCAUGGACGAAAAGAACUGUGGGGGAAUUUCUGCUCAAUGGAAAGAUAACGGUGGAAAGUGUGGUGUGUGUGGCGAUCGGUAUGAUAACCCUAAACCAACCCUUGUCUAUCCGGGUAAAUUCGCCACAGGCACCAUCACGGGGAUUUACAAAGAAGGACAACUGUUUGAGCUAGAGUUGAACAUCACCGUGAGCCACAAGGGUUGGUCGGAGUUCCGGGUGGGAGAUAUCGGGACCCCGCCCAUCACACAAGCCAAACUGAACCAUCUCCUGAAAUUAGAGGACGGCACCACUCGAUGGAUGCACCCUGGAAAGGCAGGACUUUACAAGAUAAUGCUGCAGCUUCCCGCUGGACUAAAGUGUCGACACUGCGUGCUCCAAUGGUGGUGGAGAACCGGUAACAGCUGGGGCUGCGAUAGCGAUGGCUGUGGUUUGGGACACGGACCACAAGAGCAUUUCGUCAACUGCGCAGACAUCACUAUCAUUCCCAAAGAUGGCGUCCUCCCUACCCUCCCCCCCACCAAAGCACCCCCUCCACGAAGCACCCGGCGACCUCCGCCAGAUACCCCGGCUCCUCCAUCGGGAGGAGUUUGCAAGUCGAUAGGUCCCUGGGCCAGCGCUGGUAUGGAUAACUGGUGUCAACAAAACUGCGCGCUUGGACAUUGCCCAAGUGACAGGUGCAAAUGCACGUAAAGUAAAACUUUUGUGAAAUCAUAAUAAAAAUCAAUUUAUCUCA